UUGAUCGAUCAUCAGUCACUCAGUUAACUUCAGUUAGAGUUAAUGUGACAUCGAAUACAUCGAACGACGAACGAUUUAUCGCAUUUAUUUUUUUCUCUGAUCACUUGGUUCACUGAUCAGUGACCAGUACCAUACUAUCAUACCGAAUUCUACCAGAAUUGUACUGAAUUAGCCGACUAAUUUAGACUGACCGGUAUUUCUCUAAAAUAAGAAAAACCCAGAAUCUAGAACACAAAGGGUUAUGAAAUAGAGAAAAUCACGUCCAUUUAAAACACGCUAUUAUCCAUGUUUUAUUACAAGGUAUAAAUGUCGCUGUACACCAAAUAAAAGUGAUUAAUUUCCAUGUACAUGGUAUAGUACGUGUUUGCAGCGACCAUUCGAUAUAAAUAUAACCUAACUCGAGGAACAGUAAACAAUUUCUGUUGAACCUUACAAUUUAAAUUAUAAGGUUAUUUACUACUGCAAUUGUAAAUAUAUUUCUUUCGUAUAAUGAGUUGGCCUAGAUUGCUGAUUGUAAGCACAGAGAAAGGAAAGGGGGUUGCUCACGAAAUUGCUACGAAAAUGGGUGGUCAGAAAUUUUGUAAUCAAGAAGGUCUAGAUUACUAUUCAUGGCAUAUCGAUAAUAAAUAUUAUGAUGUAACAGUAUCAGUUUGUGUCACAGAAAGUCCAACUCCAAAUAUUAAACUCGAUGAUAUACAAGCCCUUAUUGUGCACCAUAAUCCACAAGCAGAAGGUGCGGAUGAAAAUUUAAGACAAUGGUUACCUUUAAUCAAUUCUUUAGCAGACGCAGGAGUACUACUGUUUUCUUGCAAUUUUAUAACAGAUGUUCGUAUAAGAAACGAAGUAAUAAGGUGGUGUCUAAAGAGAAAGUUUGAAUUGAUCGAAUUCAACAGACCGGAAGUAGAUACUGCAGAAUCUGACCUAGAUCACAAUAAACACGGCAUUGAGAGAAUGAUCGAAGCUUUACACGCUCAUAUGUGGCCUAGUAUGACACUGAAAGCCAAACCAUCAAGUACUGAAACAACAAACAUCGACUUACACAAAGUGGAAGAACAGUUUAAGAAUAUUAAACUUCCACGAGAUUCUACGGAAAGAUUACCAAUGGAAAACGUGCUGGGUGGAAUUAUGGGAGAAGAAAUCGCAGAUUUUGGUGAAUUUUUGAGUCAAUUAAAGGCUAUGAAAGAUCAUGCAGCAUCAGUGCCAACAAAUCAGAGGCAACUUGUGGCAGAACAGUUAGUCACAGCUUUCUGGAAAGCAAUGGGCGGUGAUCCUUCGGAAACGGAAUUAGAUUAAUUCGUGCAUUAAUUGUGUAAUGGAAAUGGGUUCCCAUUCAACACGCGUAAACGCUUUAAAUAGACUUUAUUUUGAUAAAUCAGUUAAAAAUGAGAUUAAAAAUAAAACCAAGCAUUGUUAUAGUUAAAAUUAUAGCAGUUAUAGAUAACUGUAAGAUUAUAAUAAAUGUAAGGGCAGUAAGAUAUUUCAGUUCAUAAAA